AUGCAGGCAGCAGGAAACGAUGGUGUUCCUGCCGCCCUCGCCCAAAAGCAAGAGCUAGCAAAGCAGCUGACCACUGCUACGACCAAUACUGCCGAUGGAGGCUUCAUUGCCCAGUUGACCAGCAAUCCCUUCUUCACGGCCGGUUUCGGUCUUGCCGGUCUUGGUGCUGCUGCAACUUUCGCACAACGAGGCAUUCGCAAUGGUGCCGCACUCCUCAAGCGUCGACUGUUGGUCGAUGUCGAGAUCAAUAACCGCGACGAAUCCUACGCUUGGUUCCUGUACUGGCUGAGGCUACAUGAGCAAGGCCGAAUUCUAUCAACACCCGCUUCGGCUGCGACUGGCCGGAAGAGCUCAUGGCUAAGCUCCGUUCUACAGCGCUUGACGCCGUCUAUGCGACAACUGUCCAUCGAGACCGAGACCGUCAAACUCCCCAACGGCGCCAUCAAUGCCGAGUUUGCUCUCGUUGCAGGCCCCGGAAGGCAUUUCCUCAGAUACCGCAAUGCCUUCAUCGCCGUCAAUCGCGUUCGAGAGACGAAGCAAUAUGAUAAGGAUGGGAAGCCAUGGGAGACCAUCACCCUCACAACUUUGUACUCACAGCGCCACGUUUUCGAGUCUAUGUUCAAAGAGGCACACGAGUUGGCAGUCGAGAAUACCGAGGGAAAGACUCCCAUCUAUGUCCCACGUGCCGUUUCGUGGGAGCCUUUUGGAAACCCUCGCCAAAAGCGCCCUCUAAGCUCUGUCAUCCUUGAUCAAGGCGUCAAGGAGCGCAUAGUAGCCGAUGUACGCGACUUUAUUCAGUCGGAGAAGUGGUACUACGACCGGGGUAUACCUUAUCGACGUGGCUACCUCUUGUAUGGCCCACCGGGAACCGGCAAAUCUUCCUUCAUACAAGCUCUUGCCGGUCACCUAAAUUACGCAAUCGCCCUCCUCAAUUUAUCUGAGCGUGGGCUCACCGACGAUCGCCUCAAUCACUUCCUGUCCAACCUCCCAGAGCGUACCUUUGUUCUGCUCGAGGACGUCGAUGUUGCCUGGGCCAAUCAGCGUUCCGCUGGCUCAGAUGGCUACUCUGGUGCCAACGUGACUAUGUCUGGCCUGCUCAACGCCUUGGAUGGCGUCGCCAGCGCAGAAGAGCGUAUCCUAUUCUUGACCACCAAUCAUAUUGAGAAGCUCGACGCCGCCCUCGUGCGACCUGGUAGAGUGGACAUGACGGUGCAUCUCGGCAAUGCAACCGCCUAUCAGAUUGAGCAGCUAUGGAAACGCUUCUAUGAAGACGUCGACGGAGAUGGGAAGCACCUAGCAUCCUUUAUAGACACACUUCGUUCCCAUGGCAUCCUCUCACGUGACACCAGCCAAACCACCAGCACCGUCUCUCCGGCCGCAAUCCAAGGCCUCUUCUUGUACAACAAGUCUGACCCUUUCGGCGCCAUCCAGAUGGCUGCUCAGCUCGCUCCUCCAGACACUUCCAACCAGUCUCUUGCGUCCAGUCCUUAA